AUGGCAUUUUAUAGCUGCUGUUGGAUCUUCUUGGCUUUUACCUGGUGUACUUCUGCCUAUGGGCCUGACCAGCGAGCCCAGAAGAAAGGGGACAUUAUCCUCGGGGGGCUCUUUCCUAUUCAUUUUGGAGUAGCAGCCAAAGAUCAAGAUCUAAAGUCGAGGCCGGAGUCUGUGGAAUGUAUCAGGUAUAAUUUCCGAGGAUUUCGCUGGCUACAAGCUAUGAUAUUUGCCAUAGAGGAAAUAAACAGCAGCCCAGCCCUUCUUCCCAACAUGACCCUGGGAUACAGGAUAUUCGACACUUGCAACACUGUUUCUAAAGCCCUGGAAGCCACCCUGAGUUUUGUGGCCCAGAACAAAAUCGAUUCUUUGAACCUUGAUGAGUUCUGCAACUGCUCAGAGCACAUCCCCUCUACUAUCGCCGUGGUGGGAGCGACUGGCUCAGGCAUCUCCACAGCGGUGGCAAACCUGCUGGGGCUCUUCUACAUCCCCCAGGUCAGCUAUGCCUCUUCCAGCAGACUCCUCAGCAACAAAAAUCAGUUCAAGUCCUUCCUCCGUACCAUCCCCAAUGAUGAACACCAGGCCACCGCCAUGGCUGACAUCAUCGAGUACUUCCGCUGGAACUGGGUGGGCACAAUUGCAGCUGAUGAUGACUAUGGUCGGCCAGGGAUCGAGAAGUUCCGAGAGGAAGCUGAGGAGAGGGACAUCUGCAUCGACUUCAGUGAACUCAUCUCCCAGUACUCUGAUGAGGAAGAGAUCCAGCAAGUGGUGGAGGUGAUACAGAAUUCCACAGCCAAAGUCAUCGUCGUCUUCUCCAGUGGCCCAGACCUGGAACCCCUCAUCAAGGAAAUCGUCCGGCGAAAUAUCACGGGUAGGAUCUGGCUGGCCAGCGAGGCCUGGGCCAGCUCUUCCUUGAUCGCCAUGCCUGAAUACUUCCAUGUGGUCGGAGGCACCAUUGGAUUCGCUUUGAAGGCUGGGCAGAUCCCAGGUUUCCGGGAAUUCCUGCAGAAAGUCCAUCCCAGGAAGUCUGUCCACAACGGUUUUGCUAAGGAGUUUUGGGAAGAAACAUUUAACUGCCACCUCCAAGAAGGUGCUAAAGGACCAUUACCCAUGGACACCUUCCUGAGAGGUCAUGAAGAAGGUGGUGGUAGGAUAAGCAACAGCUCCACCGCCUUCCGACCUCUCUGUACAGGGGAUGAGAACAUCAGUAGUGUCGAGACCCCUUACAUGGAUUAUACACAUUUACGGAUAUCCUACAAUGUCUACUUAGCCGUCUACUCCAUUGCUCAUGCCCUGCAAGAUAUAUACACCUGCAUACCUGGGAGAGGGCUCUUCACCAACGGUUCCUGUGCAGAUAUCAAGAAGGUUGAAGCUUGGCAGGUCCUGAAGCACCUACGGCACCUAAACUUUACCAACAAUAUGGGGGAGCAGGUAACUUUCGAUGAAUGUGGAGACCUGGCAGGGAACUAUUCCAUCAUCAAUUGGCACCUCUCCCCAGAGGAUGGCUCCAUAGUGUUUAAGGAAGUUGGAUAUUACAAUGUCUAUGCCAAGAAAGGAGAAAGGCUCUUCAUCAAUGAGGAGAAAAUCCUGUGGAGUGGAUUCUCAAGGGAGCCCGUCACUAUUGUGAUCUCUGUCCUCCAGGUGCCUUUCUCCAACUGCAGCCGAGACUGCCUAGCAGGGACCAGGAAAGGAAUCAUUGAGGGGGAACCCACCUGCUGCUUUGAGUGCGUGGAGUGUCCCGACGGGGAGUAUAGUGAUGAGACAGACGCGAGUGCCUGUGACAAGUGCCCUGAUGACUUCUGGUCCAAUGAGAACCACACUUCCUGCAUUGCCAAGGAGAUUGAGUUUCUGUCCUGGACUGAGCCCUUUGGGAUCGCACUCACCCUCUUUGCUGUGCUGGGCAUUUUCCUCACUGCCUUCGUGCUGGGCGUCUUCAUCAAGUUCCGCAACACGCCCAUUGUCAAGGCCACCAACCGAGAGCUCUCCUACCUCCUCCUCUUCUCCCUGCUCUGCUGUUUCUCCAGCUCCCUGUUCUUCAUUGGGGAGCCCCAGGACUGGACCUGUCGCCUGCGCCAGCCGGCCUUUGGUAUCAGCUUCGUGCUCUGCAUCUCGUGCAUCCUGGUGAAAACCAACCGCGUCCUCCUGGUGUUUGAGGCCAAGAUUCCCACCAGCUUCCACCGCAAGUGGUGGGGGCUCAACCUGCAGUUCCUGCUGGUCUUCCUCUGCACCUUCAUGCAGAUCGUCAUCUGUGCCAUCUGGCUCAACACCGCGCCCCCCUCGAGCUACCGCAACCACGAGCUGGAGGAUGAGAUCAUCUUCAUCACCUGCCACGAGGGCUCGCUCAUGGCACUGGGCUUCCUGAUCGGCUACACCUGCCUGCUGGCUGCCAUCUGCUUCUUCUUCGCCUUCAAGUCCCGGAAGCUGCCGGAGAACUUCAACGAAGCCAAGUUCAUCACCUUCAGCAUGCUCAUCUUCUUCAUCGUCUGGAUCUCGUUCAUUCCCGCCUACGCCAGCACCUACGGCAAGUUUGUCUCUGCCGUGGAGGUGAUCGCUAUCCUGGCAGCCAGCUUUGGUUUGCUGGCCUGCAUCUUCUUCAACAAGGUCUACAUCAUCCUCUUCAAGCCAUCCCGUAACACCAUCGAGGAGGUGCGCUGCAGCACCGCGGCUCACGCCUUCAAGGUGGCGGCCCGCGCCACGCUGCGCCGCAGCAAUGUCUCCCGCCAGCGGUCCAGCAGCCUUGGGGGCUCCACGGGAUCUACCCCCUCCUCCUCCAUCAGCAGCAAGAGCAACAGCGAGGACCCCUUCCCGCAGCCCAAGAGGCAGAAGCAGCAGCAGCCGCUGGCCCUGACCCAGUGCGCGCAGCAGCCGCAGCCGCGGCCGCCCUCGACCCUGCAGCUGCAGCAGCAAUCGCAGCAGCAACCCAGAUGCAAGCAGAAGGUCAUUUUCGGCAGUGGCACAGUCACCUUCUCGCUGAGCUUUGACGAGCCUCAGAAGAGCGCCAUGGCUCACAGGAAUUCCACGCACCAGAACUCCCUGGAGGCCCAGAAAAACAACGACGCCCUGACCAGACACCAGGCGUUACUCCCGCUGCAGUGCGGGGAGACAGACUCGGAACUGACCGCCCAGGAGACAGGCCUGCAGGGGCCUGUGGGUGGGGACCACCAGCCAGAGAUGGAGGACCCGGAAGAGAUGUCCCCAGCACUUGUAGUGUCUAAUUCACGGAGCUUUGUCAUCAGCGGUGGAGGCAGCACUGUCACAGAAAACAUGCUGCGUUCCUAAAACGGACGGAGAAGGCCAGUCCAGGGGGAAUUCCAGAGAGGUUUCCUGGGAUCACGGUCUCCGACAGGGAUGAGGAAUCGCCCCAGACUCCUUUCCUCCAGGAAGGAGGAAUAAGA